CUCUGCACGCGAGUGAAAAGGAUGGGGGGCGGGAGUGGAGUGCGUCCCAAGCUUUUAGUCUCCGCGAAUUUGUUCAUGAUUUGGGUCUACAUGACCCUGGUUAUCAAGGAGACUUAUUCACAUGGACAAAUAAGCGAAUGGGUAAUGCUUGCAUUCGGGCACGGCUGGAUAGAGCAGUUUGCUCUCAGUCUUGGAUAGAUACUUACCCGGAGACUCUAGUCAAACAUUUCACGGAUCAGGGAUCGGACCAUCGUGCCUUACUCCUUGCUGAUAAACCAUAUGUUCGUACUAGCCGGCCUCUUUUCCGGUUUGAUGCCCGUUGGGCGGACAAUCCGGAGGUGAGGGCCAUGGUCAACUAUGUCUGGCAGGAAGACGUCCAAGGCACCCCUAUGUCUCGACUUUGGGAACGCCUAAAGAGGCUUCGGCAUCUACUCUAUGAUUGGAGUAGGGCGGGUACUACUAAUUCCCUCCGUAAUAUCAAGACGCUUCAGGCGGAGAUUGAUAGGGUCAAAUUGAUCCAUCCGGUGGAUUGGGAUAUGGUUAGGACCCUGGAAGCAGAGCUCUCCCGCCAGUGGGAAGCGGAGGAAGUUUUCUGGCAACAGAAGUCCAGGGUUAAAUGGUUAAAAAAAGGGGAUCAAAACUCGGCCUACUUCCAUACGGUCACCAGGGCUCGGCGGAAGAAGAAUUUUGUUGCUGGGCUUCGGAAUGAGGAGGGUGAAUGGGUCACUGAGGAAACCGGGAAGGCUUCUAUUGCCACCAAUUUUUACCAGAACUUGUUUACUUCGGAAACUCAGGUUCUUAAUAUGAUUGAGAGGGUGGCGACUCUGCCGAUUGACAAUCGUGUUACUCCGCAAAUGAAUGCUCAGUUGACGGUGGAGGUUUUGGCUGGUGAGGUCCGGAGUACGGUGUUUUCCAUGGGUUCGAAGCAGGCCCCGGGAUCGGAUGGCUUCACUGGGAAGUUCUUUAAAGCUUUCUGGGAUAUUGUGGGCAUUUCAGUGGUUGAGGCAGUAGUGUCCUUCUUUAAUUCAAGUCGGAUGUUGCGGAUUUUUAAUCAUACCUGGCUCACAUUAAUACCUAAAGUGGACUCGGUGGAAACUAUUAGACAAUUGCGGCCGAUUAGUCUGUGCCAAUUUGUCUACAAAGUAAUUACCAAGAUUAUGGCUGAGCGGCUGGCUAGCAUGCUCCCUCAGAUUGUUUCGGAGGGACAAAAUGGUUUCAUCAGGGACCGGCAGAUCAUUGAUAACAUCCUUAUUGGACAUGAACUAAUGCACUAUUUGAAAAUAAAAAGGCAAGGGAAGAAAGGGUACAUGGCUCUGAAGGUUGAUAUGGAAAAGGCCUAUGAUAGAGUCGAGUGGCCCUUCCUGCUUGCUGUUUUGGAGAAAAUGGGUUUUAGUUCUGUCUGGCGAGGAUGGAUUCAUGAGUGUCUUCGUUCCUCCUCUUUCUCGGUUCUAAUGAAUGGUUCUCCCUCGGGGUAUUUCACGGCUUCUAGGGGCCUUCGUCAGGGGGAUCCUUUUUCCCCUCUUUUGUUUGUGCUCUGCACUGAGGGGUUUGCAGCCCUCCUUCGAAAGGCGAUCACAGAGAAAAAGUUAGAGGGGGUGAAAGUUGCUCCUAGUGCUCCGAGAAUCUCUCAUCUGUUCUUUGCGGAUGAUUCUUAUUUGUUUUUGAGAGGUUCUCUGCAGGAGUGUGAGAAUUUACUUGUGGUGUUAAAUGAAUAUGAGGAACUCAGUGGUCAACGAGUUAAUUUGGAGAAGUCGGCAGUGUGUUUUAGCAAGAAUGUGUCCAUACCAGAUCAGGAAUUCUUGGCCACGAUUCUGGGGGUGGGUGCAGUGGGGGUCCAUGAUAAAUAUCUGGGGCUUCCUACGCUGUUUGCUCGAUCCAAAACGGCUACUUUCAGAUUUUUUGAGGAAAAGCUCCUAGAGAGACUUCAGGGGUGGAAGCAGAGGACUUUGUCAUGGGCGGCUAAGGAAACGUUGAUUAAAACCAUAGCUCUGGCUCUCCCCCUUCAUGUCAUGUCCUGUUUCCGUCUUCCCCUGGUUCUGUGUCGUCUUUUAGAUAAGUAUGUGGCCCGUUUUUGGUGGGGUGCUGAGGAGGGCAUUCCGAAGAUUCGAUGGGUGUCCUGGCGGAAUAUGUGCAGGAGUAAGCAUGAGGGGGGAAUGGGAUUCCGCCGUUUCGAGCAGUUCAAUCAAGCUCUCUUGGCUAAGAUAGGCUGGCGUAUUCUCAAUGAGCCCCAAUCGCUUAUUGCCCAUAUCUAUAAAGGCAAGUAUUUCCCUCGAGGUUCUUUCCUGACCGCGACGGCUAGGUCUCGGCCCUUCUGGGGGUGGCAAAGCAUCCUUCAUGGGCGUCAGUUAUUGGAGAAGGGGUUGAGGUGGCAGGUGGGUAAUGGGCAAUCAGUCCCUCUCCUGCAGUCUAACUGGAUUCCAAAGUGCCAAUUAGAUCCCCCUGUCUAUAAUCCGUGUAUCUUGCCAGAGGGGGGUGGUUCUGUGGUGGCAGAUGUUAUUAGUGAGGGGGGAGGGAGGUGGGAUGAGGAGAAGCUCAGUCAAUGGUUUGAUCCAUCCACUUGUAAGGCUAUCAAAGCUAUCCCUCUUCCGCGUUGGGAUGUGCCAGAUAAGCUUAUAUGGCAUUUUACGGCUGAAGGGGUCUUCUCGGUGAAGUCGGCUUAUCAUUUGGCUGUUGAGUUGGACAGGAGGCGGGGUGGGUGGCGAUCCUCGGUUAGCUGGAUGGAUAAGCCCAGUUGGAUUAGAGUUUGGGAGGCGAAGAUCCCGCCCAAGUUGAAGGUUUUCCUUUGGCAAAUUCUUAAUCGGGCUUUGCCGACUAUGGAGGCGCUCAUUGAGAAAAAGGUUCAGGUGCUUCCUCGGUGCCCAGUCUGCUGGGACGCCCCGGAAACGAUGGAACAUCUGUUCCUUUAUUGCCCGGUGGCGCGGGCUCUCUGGGAUUACUCUGGGUUGGAGUACUUGGGAGAGGGUUUGCCUCGGCAUACCUUUCCACUGUUUCUUAAGCGUCUGUUGGGUUUGAUCCAUCAGCCGUCUGUGGUUAUGGCGGUUGUUGCAAUCCUUUGGAGGAUCUGGCGAUCUCGCAAUUGGGUAGUCUUUGAAGGCAAGCAAUUUGAGAUCCCGGCGCUAAUGCGAUAGUUUUACCAACAGUAUGAGGAGUGGAUGGAUCUUCCAGCGGAUCAGGCACCUAUGGUACAAGCCCCAAUAGUACUGUCUAAUGUUCCAGUGGGUGAUGCCCAGUUUGUUUGCAUGUGGGACGGGGCUACUAAGGGUGGGUCUCAUUCAGCUGGUGGGAUGGUUCUUUUUGACCAAGCUCAUAUGCUCUUGUUGGCUAGAGGAGUCCAGUUUCCUCAGUUGGAUAAUCCAGCAGUGGUGGAGAUGCUUGUGCUUAGGGAAGCCAUCAUUUGGUGUGUAGAGCAAGGGUUGUCGGCGGUCCGUUUUGAGGGCGAUGCGAAGGUGAUUAUCGACAAAGUUAAUCAAGCCGAUACAAGAGA